AUGUAAAAUUCUAUUUUUACAGACGGGUCUCUUAAGGGGUCGCAUGUAAAAAUAAGUCUAUUCACAUGCGGGCCUCUUAAAGAUCUGCAUGCGGAUCUCUUAAAGAUUCGCAUGCAAAAUUAUCUUCUCUUUAUUACAGUUUUUCCCUCCUCACCACUUCAAAAUUUUCACCUCUUAUCCUCUCCUCUUUCUCCUCUCUAAUAUUUCCCCCUCUCUCUUCCUUCACCUCUAUCUUUCUCUCAUUUUCUCCUCUCCCUCUCUUUCUCUUCGUCUCCUCUCUCUCUCUUUCUCUCACCGAGCGGGAGGCACUGGGCAACGGGCGGUGCGGCCGACGAGCAGGCGCUGGGAGCAGGCACCACCCCACGACACAGACUACGGCGGCGGCACUGGGGGGCAUGGGCGACGGCGGCGGCCCUCUCCCGCCUGGAUCCGCCGGUGGUUGCCCUCCCCUGCUCCGAUCCGCUGGCGGCGGCCCUCCCCCGCCUGGAUCCGCAGGCCGGUGCCCUCCCCCACCCUGAUCCGUCGGCUGUGGCCCUCCCGGUGCCUCCUCACCGUGACAGGAGGAGGACGACGUCGACAGUGGCUGCGAAGGCUUAAGGACGACGGCGAACCGGUAGUGGGUGUAUUUUUCGACUUUUGGAAUUUUUAUUUUUUUCACGAUUUUUCCUUUUCGCUUGCAGUUGCACGGGCCGCAUAUCUCGUCCUAAGCUUCAUAAUCCGUUUCAUAUUAAAAUACAAAAUUUAUCUCAAUUUUUAUUAGCAUAUUUUUCAAACGGUUAAACCGUGAUUUCGUAAAAAAAAACUUUAUGUAUAGUUGUUGCUCUAAAAUAUUUAAAUAAAUCUAUUUUUUCAGGUUUGUAGUAAUUUAAAUUUAAUUUAUCAUUUUCAAAUGAUUUUCUUGUUUUAGAUGUCCUUACUUAAUCUCCAUCUUCAUAACUUUUUGGGCAGAUUUUUUCAGAUGUAGUACUACUAUGUGGUACGUAUACAUCAUAACAAAUCGUUGUUUGUUGCUUUUGCAAUUAGUAUAUAGUCAAACCACUUUCGUUCGUGGUACUGUGUGACUGUGACUGAGCCGGAAGCUAGAAGCAUCUCCUAUCAUAAAGUCAGAAAGUCAGAGGGACGUGGUCACUUACGUGUGGGCCCAUAAAGGUGAGACCCACCUAUCAGCGACCCACGUCUCUCUGAUUUUACGUUAGAGGAGCUCUGUCCGACUUAGCCUUCUCCUAUCAUCAAAUUGUAUGGACAUUAUCACGGAACUAUUAUAAACAUUUAAGAACUUGCAUGCCACUCAAAUAGUUAUGAUUUAUUUUUAAAAUAAAAAAAGAUAAAUUAAUAUAUGAUAAAUUACUUCAUAAACAUGCAAGGUAAAAUUUAACUAGUACAUAUUGCAAUGCAAAAAACAAAUUCAACUAUGAAUAUACGUUAUGAAUAUACGUUAACUAGCUGUAGUUUAAUGUUUUUUCUUGCUGGUAAAAGUUGAAUUUUAAUUAACUGAUAUAUCACGUGUUAAUACAAACUUUUAUUUUUUUAAAAAAACAUCAUAAUUAUUUGAAUAACAUACGAUUAAUGAGGAGGUAUUCUCUCGAGAGUUUAAAAUCCACCUCCAUCAUCAUGCCAGGAAACUCUUUUAAUCACAUGGGUGGAUGUUCUCCCGUUUAUUGUAUGCCAUUUAAAUAAUUACGAAAAAAAUAAAAAAAUAUGAUAAGAUACAUCAAUAUGCAAUAUAGAUGCAAGUUAAAAUUCAACCUUUACGAAUUGUAACAAGAAUAAUAAAUAAAACUCAAAAUUAGUAUAGGUAUAUUUGCAAUUAAAUUUGUUAUCUUUGUUACAACUUGUAAAAACACAUGUUUGUGAAUUGAUAUAUUAGAUGUUGAUCUAUCUUGUUAUUUUUUUUCGUUAUAAUUGACAUGUAAUGAAUGAGUGUGACGUCCACCCGUCAUCUUCCGCUGCUUCAUAAGCUGGAUAACUGCGCAAUGCAACACCCCGUAACCAGGCCAUUUCGUUCGUCUCGUCGUCUCGUUUCGCCGGUUGGGAUUCGGGAGCCAUGAAGCAGGCCACGUCGUCGCGCUUUCCGGCCACCUCGUUUUGCUCGCUGUGCCUCCGCCUCCUCCUACCCCUCGGACUCGUAGCCAUGGCGCUGUCGAGCCUUGUUGUCCUCUCCGUCUCCGGCUGCCUCAGUGCUCCGCGCUCCCGUCCCGUCGUCGACAACACUAACAACGACGGCGGUCUAGGUGCUGAGACGACGGCCGCGAGGGAGCCGGAGUUCCGACUCCUCGUGGGGGUGCUGACCACGCCGAGCCGGUACGAGCGGCGCGGCAUCCUGCGCCUGGCGUACGCGCUGCAGCCCGCGCCGGGGGCGCAGGUGGACGUGCGGUUCGUGCUGUGCGACGUGACGGACGCCGCGGACGCGGUGCUGGUGGCGGCGGAGGCGGCGCGGCACGGCGACAUCCUGGUGCUCGACGGCUGCAGUACCGAGAACAUGAACGACGGCAAGACGCACGCGUACCUCUCCUCCGUGCCGCGCCUGUUCGCGCCGUGCCCCUACGACUACGUCAUGAAGGCCGACGACGACACGUACCUCCGCGUGGCGGCGCUCGCCGACGAGCUCCGCGGCAAGCCGCAGGACGUCUACCUCGGCCGGGGCUACGCCGUCGGCGACGACCCGAUGCCGUUCAUGCACGGCAUGGGCUACGUCGUGUCCUGGGACGUCGCGCGCUGGGUGUCCGCCAACGAGGACAUCGUGCGUCGCAGCGGCACGCGCGGGCACGAGGACCGCCUCGUCGGCAGGUGGCUCAACGCCGGCGGCAGGGGACGGAACCGGUACAACCUCAAGCCGCGGAUGUACGACAUCAACUGGGACAUGGACGAGUUCCGGCCCAACACCAUCGCCGUGCACAGGCUCAAGAACAACCGCCGGUGGGCCGCCGUGUUCCGGCACUUCAACGUCACCGUCGGCAUAAAGCCAUCCACAGCGGCAAGGCCACACAACUAGAAUCCAGUGACAAACGGCAUAAUCGCUAGAAAUGGAUGUACACUAUAUAUAUUGGCUGGACACAACAAUGUACUCCGCUAUCACUCACUUCUAUUAAGGUGUGUUUGAGGA